AUGUGACGCCAUCGUCUGGGAAUAUUUGAAAUUAUGAGUGAAAUCGCGUGAUUUUUUACGUUCAGCAAACAUAAAAAAUUUUACUUUUUUACAAUGAGUUCUGAGAAGAAAUUCACGCUGGCCGAAGUGGCUGAACACAAUGACAAGAAGUCUCUGUGGAUUGUGAUCAACAAAGCAGUGUACGACGUGACGAAGUUCCAAUCCGAGCAUCCCGGCGGGGAGGAGAUACUCAGGGACAUGGCAGGAAAAGAUGCCACGGAGGAGUUCGAGGACGUGGGCCACUCCGCCGAUGCCAGGAGCAUAAUGAAGAAGUACAAGAUUGGGGAGUUGGCAUAGCCAACUCUUCCUGGAGAGUGAAAUCUCGUCAAUUUCCCAAUGAAUUUAGCACUC